AUGGCAACAUAUCAAGCCGAAAUUGAGGUAUUAAGAAAACGUUUUUCUGCUGACAAGGACAGAGUUCUACGGGAACUAUGGUUCACUCUCUGUGCCAGAUGGCUUUCAGAUGUUGAUUUGGUUUUAGAUGGAAAACCAUUGCCCGCCCAUCGUAUUGUAUUAGCCGCACGUAGCACACAUUUUAGGAAAACUCUUUUUGAAGAUCUUAUAAAGUUCAAUGAGACCAAGAUGACAAUUAAUGACAUUCCAGGAAACACAUUUAGAAUACUUCAUGAAUACAUUUAUACUGGUCGAAUACGUUACAGUGCUCUAGAGGGAACAGAUGUUUCUGAAUUACUUCGUGCUUCAGACUUAUUGGGUUUUCCAAACAUAAAAUAUUCACUACCCCAAGUGGAAAACAUUAAAAAAAACAGUAAGAUGGAAAUUAACCAUGCGGAAUUCUUGAUCAAGGACAUAAGCAACCUAUAUCUAAGCAUCGAAUUUUCAGAUGUUCUUUUGGAAGUAGAAGGAGAAAAAAUAAACGCCCAUCGUGUUGUUUUAGCCGCACGCUGUGAAUAUUUUAGGAGAGCAUUUUCUGGAUUCCUUGUAGAAGCCAAUCAGUCUGUGAUGACCAUUAAUGAAGUCCCAGGUAAUGCUGUUUUCGAACUAAUACGUAUUGCAGAUUUAUUGCUCAUUUUAGAAUUGAAAUAUACACUAUGCGUGUAUUUGGAAACGGUAAUAGAAGUACGCAAUGAUGCUCUUCUAGAAAUUCUCAACAGCGACUCGUUUUAUGCCAACGAAUUAGUUAUAUUCCGCGCGGUUUGUCGCUGGAUCAAAAAGAACCAAAACAAUCUCGAUCCUGAAACUAAAAUCCAAAUUUUAUCCGCCGUCAGAUAUCCGUUAAUGAGCAACGAAGAACUUUCCGAGGCCAGGAAUACACUGGGUAGUAAACUUGCAGAUGCCGUGCAAUGUAGAAACAAGAGUUCAUCAGAUAAGCCUAAAUUUCGAGGACAGCUAAAUAACAACCUGAAUCUUGUUGAACUGUCUCAGAUUUUUACAGAUACCAAUGAAAUUAACGGCAGUGCCACUGUGAUGGAGUUGAAUACUCUAUCAUUUAUAAACUAUAUUGAAAUAAUAUUAGGGGAUGUUAACGGAAGUGACAUUAAACCAAAGUUUUAUUCGUAUUACAUUGAAGUUUCAAUAGACGCGAGCGAAUGGACACUUGUUAUAGAUCAUUCGAAUUACAAUUGUCGAUCAAUUCAACAGCUGUGGAUUGAACCACAAGUAGUUCGGUAUAUACGCAUUGUUGGAGCCAACAGUACUGCUAAUGUGAGUUUUGUAAUUUUGAACGUCAAUUACAAUACAACAGGAAUGGAAAUGGUAAAAAUUAAAAACGGACUAGUCGGUAAGAAAACCAAUAAAUUCCUAAUGACAAUUUUAAUGUCGCUUCAAAAUCUAACUAUGCGACUGUAA